CCAAAAAGCCGCUCACACUCCGCCAAGAGCUGGUCUUCCGUUUCCUUCUCAAGCGGUUAUGUUUCCGUUCAUGACGGGAAUUGCGUGGUGUCUUGAUGUUACGCCCAUUCCGAUCGUGUCGUUGGGCUUGUGGGGCGCGGGCUGUCUUGCAGAAGGUUUCGACCAUGUGCUUUUGCAGGUGCUCGCGUUGCGACCGUUGCAUGAUCUGGUAUUCUGUCUGUGUCACCAUAUUUUGUUGGGCGUUGCGAGUAUUGAGGAGUGGAGGCGGAAUGAGUGUCUGUGACUGCGGUUCGACAUCGGCUGGAGCAACCGAGCAUCAGGCAGCUGGCAAUACUCGUC